GACCUUACGUCAUCCCCUUGCCCCUACCCCUGCAGUGCUAGAGUAUGUCUUUGUCUAGCAGUGAUGUUCCAUGGCUUGACAGACCAGAGGAUACAGAUCCCUGGAAUGUGUCUGAGUAAACAGGAAGGAUGGGGUGCCCCCACGCCCUUUGGGGUGAGCAGCCUCUGGGUCCCCUGCUCUCUAACAGGUUCAGCCUUCUCUUGCUUUCCAGGAUGAGCAGCUCAAACAAACAACAGGAACUAGAGCCAGAGGGCUCAAAGCCCAGGAGGGAGGGGCUGUGAUGGAGAAGGGAAUGAUAUUUGGGAAGAAAGGGGGGAUGUUACAGGAUAUCCUCAUAGCCCUAAACUGGAGGAGACUGAGACUUGAAAGUCAGAUAAAAAAGACAAAAGUGGGUCAGGCAGAAAAGACUAGGCAUUCUAAUUAGAAGGAAAAGGAGUGGAAUACAGUAAGGGAUCAAGUCGCAGCCCAACUUGGUGGGAUCCCCCUCCAGCUGCUCCUGUCCAGCAGUGCCUCAGGCCCAACCCUGCAGUAGUGUCCUGGGUCAGCUGGAGGGUGUGCGCUGGGCCUAGGCUCAGUGCCCAGAUGACUGGACAGGGGCUGCCUGGGCCGUAAGCCCAGGCCUAAAGGAGGGAGGAAGAACCUCACGUGUCCCGCCAGGCAACAUCCUCCCCUCACCCCAGCCAUUACUGUGUUUGGGGUAAAAACAGAAUGAGUAACUAUGGCAACCUGGAACUGGGGCUCCCAGGAACUAGACCUCUCUUCCCUCCAGAGGGCAGCCCUGGCUCCUCAGCCAUGCUUCCCGUCCCAAGGUCCCUCAAGCCUCAUCCAGCCCUAUGCAGGCAGAGAAUGCAAUGAGGGCAAAGAUUUUGGAAGCAGGUCACAUGAGCCGGGUUCCCUGCCGUGCCUUUUAUUAUUAGAUGUCCUUAAACACUCUGAGCCUUUGUUUCCUCAUCUGUAAGAUGGGAUACUCCUACCUACUCAGGACUGAUGUGAGGAUGAAAGAUGAUGUUCUCAGUGCCUGGUCCAUGGUAGAUACAUACUUUUCCUCAUCCCUUGCUCCUUUCUCUCCCCAUUUACAUCGUCUUUUUCCCGCCUAUUCCUUUAUCCCAUCUGAGAUCAUUGCCAUUUCAUUACACUGUUUUUUUUUUGUUAUUUUUUUUGUGGUUUUUCUAUUUUUGGCCGGGGCUGGGUUUGAACCCGCCACCUCUGGCAUAUGGGACCGGCGCCCUACACCUUGAGCCACAGGCACCGCCCUACACUGUUGCUCUUUCUCAUUCCUGACCACAGUUCAAGAAAGUACUUGAAGUGUUCAGACUGUGGGCCCUGGGUUGGGACGUGCUGCACCUCUUCUCAGUGUCAAGGGACAGUGUCAAGGCACUCUUUCAUAAACUACGCAUCAGAACUCUCUUGGCUGAGGGAGUGGAGCGACAAGAAGGAUUGAGAGCAACAGAAAGAGUAGGUGUACCAUGAGGGAUGAAGGAAGGUCAGACUUGGGGCUACUUCCCUCCAGACCCAUGUGGAUCUGUCUUCCUUGGGCUACACCCCUCUGCAAGUCCCCUCAGCAUGCCAGGCCACUGUCGCACCUGCACUUCAUUGGCCCCUUCCUGUACCAGGCCCUCUUCCUCUACCUGUUCUGCUUUCCUCCCUCAGGAUCCCCUCCUUUUCUCCAUCCUCUGUGACCUCAUUGUGCCUCCCUCCCUCUCUGUUCUCUAGAUGUCUUUCCUGCCUUUUUUUGCCCUCUACCCCGCUGAGUUAUCUCCAUCUCUUUUUGACCCUUUGUCUGUAGUUCAUUUUGUUUCCUGUUUCUUUUGUACUUUUUCCUCUCCAUGUCCUGCUUCUCUUUUUCCUUUGUUUUUUCCUCUGUCUUCUCAUCUCCUGCUGCUGGCCCUGUGCUUACCUCUUCCCUUUCCUGUGUCACCUCCUCUCUAUUGCUCUUCCCACACCUUUGUCCACAUCCCUUGCCCUUUUCCAUUGCUUCCUCUCUGCUCCCCCGCUUGACUCUGCUCCUCCUCCUUCCUCCCCCCUUCUCCCUUUUACUUCCCCACUCCAAUUCUCUGUCCUCUUCCCAGCUGUGGGGGCCGGGACUGGGGAGCCUAACGUUUGCCUCAUCGUUCUGCUAUGGCUUCUGGAUACAGCACAUCUGGAUUCCGGGGCCCAGAUGUGUGGUUGCCACAGCGACCUCAGUCCCUCUGGUAAAUACAGGCGCCCACCCACCCCAGAGCAGAGAACAAAACAAUUGUGUGACUUUCUUUUGUCACGAGAUAGAAAUGUCCUUCCUCCUCCCUUUUCCCCACACCCAUGUCUUCAGGCAAAGGAAGUUUUAAGGGUCCAAACCCUUUCUGUGGCUCCCUUGCCCCUGUUCAGCCUUAGCCUCUUAGUUCUCACCCCUCUUUCAUCUCAUGCUUUGUUUUUCCUUUCCAUGUUCCUCAUCUUCACCCCAAUUCUCAAUAUAGAAGGUUGACCACCCCUCCCCCAUCUGAUGUGGUUUCUUCUAAUGGAAGCUACGCAAUAACUGGAUGCAGAAAGAAGUUUCAGAAAUCCAGAUUCUCCACUCUUCCUUCUCCAAGUCCCUCAAGAAAGCUGCUUCAUUUGUCUCUGCACUGUCUUAAAUCCUUUCCUUUCCCAGAGCUUUUGGUGGGUGAGGGGAGCAAAUACAGGCUCUGAAACCCCAAAACCUGAGUAAAACCCACUUUCACCACUCCUAGCAAAGUUCCUUGGACAAGCCACUUAAUGUCUGUGAGCCUUUGUUUCCUCGAGCACAAAGUGGGAUUAGUGCCUGCACCCUAUAGGAAAGUGCUUUGUAAACGGAAGCCCUGCACAAGUGUUUUCUAUCUUCCCUCUCUCUGGGACUAUUUCCUUGGAUUGCAGCCUCUGGAUUCUAUCCCUUACCCUCUUUAUCCUUCAGGUUGUUGCCCUCAUUUGCCCUUGCUCUUCUGUGUCUUCCUUCUCUUCUCCCUCUCCUUCCCUUUCCAUCUUUUCUAUAUCUUUGAUGGCUUCUGAGGUCAGAACAGGAACUUGGAUAAUACUUCAAGGAUGGAGGCUCAGAUGUGAAGACCCCUGAACUGAGGAUCCAGAAAACAGCCAGAGCACAGGGCAGUUCCUGACAACACUGUAACCCUUCUACCCACCACCUGGGAUACCUCAGUGAAGCCAACCCCAGCUCCGGCCACCGGGUGUCCCUGCCUUUAUGUCUGGACUCCUUCCUCUUUCCCCAUCCUUCUCUCCCAUGCCUCAUCAUCAAUAUUGACCAGCAUUUACUGGGCAUAUGUGCUAUGUGAAGCUUGGCACUUUCCUGAUGAAAUGGAACAUGUAUAAGACAUGACCUUCUCUGAGAGUCUGAAAAUGAGGGGAGGAAUCAAAGUUUAAACAAUAAUUAUUUCAGAACCUGGAACUGUGUCAAGCUUCCAGUGGCUUCCACAAAUGCCUUGUAAGUUUGUAAACAUGAGAUCCCACAUUCCUCUCUGAGACCCCAACAGUGGGCCACUGUUGGAAACAUUGAAUUCCAGGGCCAUUCUUCUGGCUGCACACUGAGCCAAAUAUUCUUAUGGUGACCAUACUUCCUAAAUAACAAAGACAUAGGGCAUAGGAAACAGACCUGUGGAACAGAAAUCCAAUGGUGUCAUAAAAAAAUCUAUACUUUGUGAAGUCUGCUUUUUCUGUAAUGCUUUUUCCAGACCCUCUCUUACCUUUUCCUCCUCUGAGCCCCCACUACACCCCCUGCCAGGAGAUCUGAGAGAAGCUGCUACCUACUCCUGGUUCUGGGGACUUCAGGCCAAGGCAGAGGAAGGAAGCUGAGCCCAGCUCUGUCCAAGAUGCUGACUUCAUCCUCCCCAUCAAAGCCAGGAAAAAACAGCCACACACACCCAGACAAAUGGACACACACGGGGACACCCACGCGAGUGCCUAUGUGUGCCUUUGCCUUCGGCCACAUGGAACUAACUGAGCAUCUGGCCACAGCCACAUGCCCCAAGGACACCAGCACAUUUGCAACUGUGAGGAUCUGACCUGGUGUGCAGACACCUGUGCCACAACCCAUAUGGCAGAAUCAGGCACAUGCAGCUCUUUCACAAAGUCUCUUUCUCUAUCACCUGUGACUUGGCCAAGCUGCACCUCAGUGGUAAGGUUUGCAGUGGGAUAGAGAGAACUCUGUCUUCGGUGUGGAGCUGGAGGUGGGUUGCCCCACAGCUUGGAUAUUUCUCUUCUUGGCAAAGUCUCUUUUCACCCCCUCAUCAGGGCAGCACAUGAAGAAAUGAGGCCAAGGAAAUACCCAGCAGACUCAUGUGGGUGUGUCUGCCUCCCUGUCCAUCCUGUGCUCUGGUUGUCAGCCCUUGGUCUGCCUGAGACCAGAGGCAGAGUGCCCUUUUCCUCCCGUCCCUAUUUCUCUGCCCAGCCUGCUCCAGUUUCCCUGCAGCACCCAGGCAUUAGCCGCUUUCUGCUUUUCACCACAUCAUCCUCCAUUCUUGCACUGCAGCCCCAUAUUUAUCUCCUACUUCUAGCCCUUUCAUCUCUAAACCUCCCUCUUAACCUCAGGCUUUCUUCCCACAUCUCCCCUGAACCCCAACUUCCUUGCCAAGGCUUAUAUCCAGGUGUUCAGCCAAGCCCUUGCCUAGCCAGUGCCCAAGCCUCACCUGCCAUUUCUCUAGGAAUUCGCUGGGGUGGGAGAAUGAAAAGUGGGUAGUGAUCCCGAGUUGAGAGCAGGAGAGGGACUGAUCAUAGUACAGUCAGCUCAGGGAUGGGGCAAGCAGGCAAGUGGAGAAGAUAGAGGAAGAAGCAGUGGUACUGGAGUAGGGCAGUGACUUGGAGUCCCAGAGUUGGAGAGAGAGGUUACCUCCUGCCUCCUGCCCCCAAUCUCUGUGCACUGCCAGGGGAGAAUUGGCAGAAGGAUUGAAGGAGCCAGCACUGAGCAACAGACAUGGGGCCGGAUCCAGAGAUCAGAACUAAAGCAGUGGCUGGGAAGAGGUGGGAGGGGAAGGAGGGGGAGCAGGCUGGCCAUGAGGAAGGAUGUAGGCUGAGAGGCGAACAUUGGGGUGGAGAGAAGGGGCAAUAAGUGGGGAAAUGACAGGUAAAAGAGAAAUGGCAGGAAGGGUGGGCAAAAACUAGGGUGGGAGUUAAAAAUGGGACAGGGAAAGGACGGAAGAGGUAAGACCAGGGAUGAGGGGGUGAGAUUAGGUUAUGGUAGGACUCAGUGACCCUAGACAGACAGGGAGGGGCCUGGGGUGGUGGCAGGAGGAAAGGAGGGGUGGCAUGUGGGAGGGCCUAGGAGCAGUGGGAGGACCGGCCCUAUCUCCGCUCCCCUCCCUGACCUCAUGCUGGUCCUCCCCUUCUCCUCCUCCUGCUCUCUGCACACUCCCUCCUUCUCACUGUCGCUGCCGAGAUCAACAGCCGGCUGGUCGUGACUCAUUGAGCCCCUGUUGCAGGGGACAAGCAAGGGGGGCAUCCACGGAACCAAAGGUUGCCAAGGGGAUCCACCCUGCCCUGCCCUGAGACACCCCACUUCCAGGGGACAGAACAGGUGCAGAGGCACUGCAGCCACCCCCAGUGCUCAGCCUCCUGAAUGAUGCCAGCCCUAUAUCCUCUAACCUCCAGUUUGGCCCUCCUGGUGCUACUGGGCACAGCCAGAACAGGCCCCUUCUCUUCACGGUCCAAUGUGACACUCAUGGCCCCACGGCCCCCUCCUCAGCCAGGGGGCCACACAAUGGGGACAGGAGGAGGAAAUCCCUCUUCUCAGCUUUAUGAGCACACAAUGGAAGGAGGGGAGAAGCAGGUGGUAUUCACCCACCGCAUUAACCUGCCCCCUUCCACUGGCUGUGGCUGCCCCCCUGGCACUGAGCCCCCUGUCCCUGCUUCAGAGGUACAGGCCCUGAGAAUCCGGCUAGAGAUCCUGGAGGAGCUGGUGAAGGGGCUGAAGGAACAGUGCACUGGGGGAUGUUGCCCUGCUGCUGCCCAGGCUGGCACAGGUCAGACAGAUGUGCGUAGCCUCUGCAGCCUUCAUGGUGUGUUUGACCUGAGCCGCUGUGCCUGUUCCUGUGAGCCAGGCUGGGAUGGGCCCACCUGCUCAGACCCCAAAGAUGCUGGAUUGUCCCCCUCUUCCCAACCCUCAGCCUCCGGGUCCUGCCCCGAUGACUGCAAUGAUCAGGGUCGUUGUGUCCGUGGUCGCUGCGUGUGCUUCCCUGGCUACACCGGCCCCAGCUGUGGCUGGCCUUCUUGUCCCGGGGACUGCCAAGGUCGCGGGCGUUGCGUGCAGGGUGUGUGCGUGUGCCGAGCUGGUUUCUCAGGAGAUGACUGCGGCCAGCGCUCCUGCCCUCGGGGCUGCAGCCAGAAAGGACGCUGCGAGGACGGACGUUGCGUGUGCGACCCCGGUUACACUGGUGAAGACUGUGGGGUGAGGAGCUGCCCUCGUGGUUGCAACCAGAGGGGGCGUUGCGAGAAUGGGCGCUGCGUAUGCAACUCCGGCUACACUGGUGAGGACUGUGGGGUGAGGAGCUGUCCCCGGGGCUGCAGCCAGAGGGGGCGUUGCGAGAAUGGGCGCUGCGUCUGUGACCCCGGCUACACCGGCGAGGACUGCGGCGUGCGGAGCUGCCCCUGGGACUGUGGCGAGGGCGGGCGCUGCGUGGACGGCCGUUGCGUGUGCUGGCCCGGGUACGCGGGCGAGGACUGCAGCACGAGGACUUGCCCGCGCGACUGCCGGGGCCGAGGGCGCUGCGAGGACGGCGAAUGCAUCUGUGACGCGGGCUACAGCGGGGAUGACUGUGGCGUGCGCAGCUGUCCUGGAGAAUGCAACCAAAGGGGACGCUGUGAGGACGGCCGCUGCGUGUGCUGGCCCGGGUAUACCGGGCCCGACUGCGGCGCGCGCGCCUGCCCACGCGACUGUAGAGGCCGCGGGCGCUGCGAGAACGGCGUGUGUGUCUGCAACACGGGCUACAGCGGCGAGGACUGCGGCGUGCGCAACUGUCCAGGAGACUGUCGGGGCCGGGGCCGCUGCGAGAAUGGGCGCUGCGUGUGUUGGCCUGGGUACACAGGCAGGGACUGCAGCACACGCGCCUGCCCUGGUGACUGCCGCGGGCGAGGGCGCUGCGUGGAUGGCCGCUGCAUGUGCAACCCAGGCUUCACUGGCGAGGACUGUGGGAGCCGUCGGUGUCCAGGAGACUGCCGUGGGCACGGCCGCUGUGAAGAUGGAGUGUGCGUGUGUGAUGCGGGCUACUCAGGCGAGGACUGUGGCGCGCGAAGCUGCCCUGGGGAUUGCCGAGGCCGCGGCCAGUGCCUGGACGGGCGCUGCGUGUGCGACGAGGACUACUCUGGCGAGGAUUGCAGUGUGAGGCGGUGCCCGCGGGACUGCAGCCAGCAUGGCGUGUGCCAGGAUGGUGUGUGUAUCUGUUGGGAGGGCUACGCAGGCGAGGACUGUAGCAUCCGCUCCUGCCCCUCUAACUGCCACGGUCGCGGCCGCUGUGAGGAAGGGCGCUGCGUGUGCGACCCAGGCUAUACGGGCCCUGCCUGUGCCACUCGCACAUGCCCGGCUGAUUGCCGGGGUCGUGGGCGCUGUGUGCAGGGUGUGUGCAUGUGCCACGCGGGCUAUGGCGGUGAGGACUGCGGGCAAGAAGAGCCUCCUGCCAGCGCCUGCCCUGGGGGCUGUGGGCCUCGGGAACUGUGCCAGGCAGGCCAGUGUGUGUGUGUAGAGGGAUUUCGAGGUCCUGACUGUGCCAUCCAGACAUGCCCAGGAGACUGCCGUGGCAGGGGAGAGUGUCGCCAGGGCAGCUGUAUCUGCCAAGAAGGCUACGCUGGGGAGGACUGUGGGGAAGAGAUGCCAGCCAUUGAGGGCAUGAGGAUGCACCUUCUGGAGGAGACGACCGUUCGGACAGAGUGGACCCGGGUCCCUGGCCCUGUGGAUGCCUAUGAAAUUCAGUUCAUCCCCACGACAGAGGGGGCGAGUCCCCCAUUCACAGCACGGGUGCCUAGCUCUACCUCAGCCUAUGACCAGAGAGGACUGGCCCCUGGCCAAGAGUACCAGGUCACUGUCCGUGCCCUUCAAGGGACCAGCUGGGGCCCUCCUGCCUCCAAGACCAUCACCACUAUGAUCGAUGGUCCCCAGGACCUCCGAGUGGUGGCUGUGACACCAACUACACUGGAGCUCAACUGGCUGCGUCCUCAGGCUGAGGUGGACCGAUUUGUGGUGUCCUAUGUCAGUGCUGGCAACCAGAGGGUGCGUCUGGAAGUGCCCCCUGAAGCAGAUGGAACAUUACUGACUGACUUGAUGCCAGGCGUGGAGUAUGUGGUGACUGUCACAGCAGAGAGGGGCCGGGCAGUCAGCUACCCGACUUCUGUCAGGGCCAACACAGCACCAGGCCACUACAGUUACCCGGAGGUGCGCCCCCCAGCCCCACCCCCCAAGCCCCGGCCUCGGCCGGCCCCGCGGCCCCCACAGCUCCCUCGGCCCUCGCGGCCUGCAGAGGAGGGGUCGGAGCCCCGGGCCCCCGGGCCCAGCCUGCCCCAACCCCAGCGGCGGAUGUGGGGCAACCUGACCUCCGAGCUGGGCCGCUUCCGCGGCACGGUGCAGGACCUGGAGCGCCACCUGCGGGCUCACAGCUACCCUCUGCGGGCCAACCAGACUUACUCGUCGGUGGCGCGCCACAUCCAUGAAUACUUGCAGCGGCGUCUGGCGGCCGCCGCCCCCGCCGGCCCCCCUGCCCCCAAGCCCGGUCGCCCACGCCCCACCGCCAACCCUGAUCCAAGCACCAGGAAACGGGACUCCAACCAGGGCAUCUAUGGCCUCUCGCCGGAAGGCGUCGACCGGGUGGCUGAGCCCCGCCACCCCAAGCCCGAGGUGCUGGGCAGUUCCGCCGACGGCGCGCUCCUUGUGUCUCUGGACGGGCUCCGCGGCCAGUUCGAGCGCGUGGUGCUGCGCUGGCGGCCCCAGCCGCCCGCAGAGGGCCCUGGCGGUGAGCUGGCCGUGCCGGGCACCAUGCGCACCGUCAGCCUUCCUGACCUCAGACCCGGUACCACCUACCACGUGGAGGUCCACGGGGUGCGGGCGGGGCAGACGUCCAAGUCCUACGCCUUCAUCACCACCACAGGGUCCUCACCCUCAGGCCUCUUGGGGGCUACUGAUGAGCCUCCUCCCUCAGGCCCCUCAACGACCCAAGGGGCCCGUGCCCCUCUCCUGCAGCAGCGCCCCCAGGAGCUGGGAGAGUUGAAGGUGCUGGGCAGAGAUGAGACAGGACGCCUCCGUGUGGCCUGGACCGCCCAGCCCGACACCUUUGCCCACUUCCAGCUGCACCUGCGGGUACCUGAGGGGCCAGGAGCGCAUGAGGAACUUCUGCCAGGGGACGUCCGCCAGGCUCUGGUGCCCCCACCCCCUCCUGGAUCCCCUUAUGAGCUGUCACUUCGUGGGGUCCCUCCUGGGGGCAAGCCUUCUGACCCCAUCAUCUACCAAGGCAUUAUGGACAGGGAUGCGGAGAAGCCUGGGAAGCCCUCAGGUCCACCACGCCUGGGUGAGCUAGUGGUGACGGACAUGACCUCUGACUCCUUGCUCCUGCGCUGGACGGUCCCCAAGGGCACAUUUGACUCCUUUGUGAUUCAGUACAAGGACAGGGAUGGGCAACCUCAGGUAGUGCCUGUGGAGGGGCCCCAGCACUCAGCCCCCAUCACCUCCCUGGACCCAGGCCGCAAGUACAAAUUUGUCCUGUAUGGGCUCGUUGGCAAGAAGAGGCAUGGCCCCCUGGUGGCUGAAGCCAAGAUCUUGCCUCAGAGUGACCCAAGCCCAGGAACUCCACCCUGCCUAGGAAAGCUGUGGGUGACAGACCCUACCCCAGACUCACUGCACCUCUCUUGGACGGUUUCUGAGGGUCAAUUCGACUCCUUCGUGGUCCAGUACAGGGACAGAGAUGGACAGCCCCAAGUGGUACCUGUGGAAGGGCCUGAGCGUUCAGUCACUGUCUCCCCUCUGGACCCUGACCACAAGUACAGAUUUGCUUUGUUUGGGAUUGCCAACAAGAAGCGACAUGGCCCCCUCAUGGCCGAUGGCACCACUGCCCCAGAGAGGAAAGAGGAGUCCCCCCACCCUGAAUCUCCUGAGCAGCCCCUCCUGGGGGAGCUGACAGUGACUGGCGUGACUCCAGACUCCCUACACCUAUCAUGGACAGUAGCCCAGGGCCUCUUUGACUCCUUCACGGUCCAGUACAAAGAUACACAGGGGCAGCCCAAAGCAGUGCCCGUCAACGGAGAUGAGAACGAGGUCACCAUCCCUGGGCUGGAGCCCAACCGGAAGUAUAAGAUGAACCUCUACGGGCUUCAUGGCAGGCAGCGUGUGGGGCCUGUGUCUGUGGUGGCCAAGACGGCUCCUCUGGAGAUUGUGGACGAGACCCCCAGCCCCACAGAACCCAGCACAGAGACCGCAGAACCCCCAGAGGAGCCACUUCUGGGGGAGCUGACAGUGACAGGAUCAUCCCCAGACUCGCUGAGCCUCUCCUGGACCGUCCCCCAGGGCCACUUUGACUCCUUCACUGUCCAGUACAAGGAUAAGGAUGGACAGCCCCAGGCAGUGCGUGUCGGGGGCGAGGAGAGAGAGGUCACGAUGGGGGGCCUGGAGUCCGGGCGCAAGUACAAGAUGCACCUGUAUGGCCUGCAUGAGGGGUGGCGCGUAGGCCCCGUGUCCACUGUGGGCAUCACAGACCCCCAACAGGAGGAAGAGACCCUUCCAGCUACCGAGCCCCCCCUGGAACCACGCCUGGGAGAGCUGACAGUGACAGAUGUGACCCCCAACUCCAUUGGCCUCUUGUGGACUGUUCCUGAGGGCCAGUUUGACUCCUUUGUGGUCCAGUACAAGGACAGGGAUGGGCAGCCCCAGGUGGUGCCAGUGGCCACAGACCAGCAGGAGGUCACAGUCUCCAACUUGGAGCCUGCAAGAAAAUACAAGAUGAAUGUCUAUGGGUUACAUGGCGGGCAACGCGUGGGCCCCCUCUCUGUAGUAGCUGAGACAGGUACUCUCCCACCAGCCCCAGCCACAGAGGCCUCUGAUCCCCCCUUGGAGCCACACCUGAGGGAGCUGACAGUGAUGGACGUGACCCCUGAUUCUGUGGGCCUCUCCUGGACAGUCCCUGAGGGUGAAUUCGACUCCUUCGUGGUCCAGUACAAGGACAGGGAUGGGCAGCCCCAGGUGGUGCCAGUGGCUGCAGACCAACGGGAGGUCACCAUUCCUAACCUGGAGCCCUCCCGCAAGUACAAGUUCCUGCUCUUUGGGAUCCAGAAUGGAAGACGACAUGGCUCAGUCUCUGUGGAGGCAAAGACGGCUACCCAAGGUGACGCCAGCCCAGGGGCCCCGCCCCAGCUUGGGGAACUAUGGGUGACGGACCCUACCUCAGACUCGCUACGCCUUUCCUGGACAGUCCCCGAGGGCCAGUUUGACUCUUUUGUGGUCCAGUUCAAAGACAAGGAUGGGCCUCAGGUAGUGCCUGUGGAGGGCCACGAGCGCUCAGUCACUGUCACACCUCUGGAUGCCGGCCGCAAGUACAGAUUUCUCCUCUAUGGCCUCCUGGGCAAGAAGCGCCAUGGCCCCCUGACUGCUGAUGGCACCACGGAGGCCCGGAGUGCUAUGGAUCAUACUGGAACAAAGCGUCCCCCAAAACCCCGUCUGGGGGAGGAGCUGCAGGUGACCAACGUGACCCCGAACUCCGUGGGCCUCUCAUGGACAGUUCCUGAGGGCCAAUUUGACUCCUUUGUGGUCCAGUACAAGGACAGGGACGGGCAGCCCCAGGUGGUACCCGUGGAGGGCAGCCUCAGGGAGGUCAGCGUCUCAGACCUGGACCCAGCCCACAGGUACAAGCUGCUGCUCUAUGGGCUGCACAGCGGCAAGCGCGUGGGUCCCGUCUCUGUCAUCGCCAUAACCGCUUCCAGGGAAGAAAUCAAAGCCACGACCACAGCCCCCACCUCUUUGGUACCUGAGCUGACAGUGGAAGAGGCCACAUCACACACCCUACAUCUCUCCUGGAUGGUGACAGAGGGAAAAUUUGACUCCUUUGAGGUCCAGUACACAGAUAGAGAUGGGCAAUUUCAAAAGGUCAUUGUAGAGGGUGAUAAGAAUGACAUCACCCUCUCUGGGUUGGAAUCCAACCACAGAUACCUGGUGACCCUGUACGGUUUCCAUGAUGGGCAGCGUGUGGGUCCUGCCCACAUUGAGGCUCUGACAGUCCCACAGGAGGAAGAAGAGGAGCCUCCAGAACCUCCCAUCACACCACGCCUGGCAGAGCUGACUGUGACAGAUGCCACCCCUGACUCCCUGACCCUCUCCUGGAUGGUCCCUGAGGGAAAGUUUGACCACUUCCUGGUCCAGUACAAGAAUGGGGACGGACAGCCCAAGGCAGUGCGGGUGCCAGGGCACGAGGAUGGGGUCACCAUCUCAGGCCUAGAGCCAGAUCACAAGUACAAGAUGAACCUGUACGGCUUCCAUGGGGGGCAGCGUGUGGGCCCUGUCUCUGCCAUUGGGGUGACAGCUGCAGAGGAAGAGACCCCUGCCCCCACAGAGGUGGAGGAGACCCCCAGCCCCACAGAACCCAGCACAGAGACCCCAGAAGCCCCAGAGGAGCCGCGCCUGGGGGAGCUGACAGUGACAGGAUCGUCCCCAGACUCACUGAGCCUCUCCUGGACCAUCACCCAGGGCCGUUUUGACUCCUUCACUGUCCAGUACAAGGACAGGGAUGGGCAGCCUCAGGUGAUGCGUGUCAGGGGCGAGGAGCGAGAGGUCACCGUGGGUGGCCUGGAGCCCAGGCGCAAGUACAAGAUGCACCUGUACGGCCUGCACGAGGGGCGGCGCGUGGGCCCCGUGUCCACUGUGGGUGUGACAGCCCCCAAAGAGGAAUACCCACAUUCCCUCCUUCCAAAGCCACUCCUGGGGGAAAUGACAGUGACAGAUGCCACCCCUGACUCCCUGACCCUCUCCUGGACGAUCCCCGAGGGCCAGUUUGACCACUUCCUGGUCCAAUACAAGAACGGGGAUGGGCAGCCCAAGGAGGUACAGGUGCCAGGGCACGAGGACGGGGCCACCAUCUCAGGCCUGGAGCCAGACCACAAGUACAAGAUGAACCUGUAUGGCUUCCAUGGAGGCCAACGCAUGGGACCUGUUUCUGCUGUCGGUCUAACUGCUUCAGGAAAGGAUGAAACAAUUAUCCCAGCACUAACAGAGCCUCCCCCCGUGACCCCUGAGACUCCCAUCAAGCCGCGCCUGGGAGAGUUGACUGUGACAGAUGCCACCCCUGACUCCCUGACCCUCUCCUGGAUGGUCCCUGAGGGAAAGUUUGACCACUUCCUGGUCCAGUACAAGAACGGGGACGGACAGCCCAAGGCAGUGCGGGUGCCAGGGCACGAGGACGGGGUCACCAUCUCAGGCCUAGAGCCAGAUCACAAGUACAAGAUGAACCUAUAUGGCUUCCAUGGGGGCCAGCGUGUGGGCCCUGUCUCUGCCAUUGGGGUGACAGCUGCAGAGGAAGAGACCCCUGCCCCCACAGAGGUGGAGGAGACCCCCAGCCCCACAGAACCCAGCACAGAGACCCCAGAAGCCCCAGAGGAGCCGCGCCUGGGGGAGCUGACAGUGACAGGAUCGUCCCCAGACUCACUGAGCCUCUCCUGGACCAUCACCCAGGGCCGUUUUGACUCCUUCACUGUCCAGUACAAGGACAGGGAUGGGCAGCCUCAGGUGAUGCGUGUCAGGGGCGAGGAGCGAGAGGUCACCGUGGGUGGCCUGGAGCCCAGGCGCAAGUACAAGAUGCACCUGUACGGCCUGCACGAGGGGCGGCGCGUGGGCCCCGUGUCCACUGUGGGUGUGACAGCUGCAGAGGAAGAGACCCCUGCCUCCACGGAGGUGGAUGAGACCCCCAGCCCCACAGAACCCAGCACGGAGACCCCAGAACCUGUGGAGGAGCCACUCCUAGGGGAGCUGACAGUGACAGGAUCAUCCCCAGACUCCCUGAGCCUCUCCUGGACCAUCCCCCAGGGCCAUUUUGACUCCUUCACUAUCCAGUACAAGGACAAGGAUGGGCAGCCUCAGGUGAUUCGUGUCAGGGGCGAGGAGCGAGAGGUCACUGUGGGUGGCCUGGAGCCCGGGCACAAGUACAAAAUGCACCUGUACGGCCUGCACGAGGGGCGGCGCGUGGGCCCUGUGUCCACUGUGGGCAUGACAGCCUCGCAAGAAGAGGUGUACGAGACCCCCAGCCCCACAGAACACAGCACAGAAGCCCCAGAGCACCUGACAGAGCCACUCCUGGGGGAGCUGACAGUGACAGGAUCAUCCCCAGACUCGCUGAGCCUCUCCUGGACAAUCCCCCAGGGCCACUUCAAUUCCUUCACUGUUCAGUACAAGGACAGAGAUGGACAGCCCCAGGCAGUGCGUGUCAGGGGCGAGGAGACAGAGGUCACUGUAGGGGACCUGGAGCCCGGGCGCAAGUACAAGAUGCACCUGUACGGACUGCACGAGGGGCGGCGUGUGGGCCCCGUGUCCACUGUGGGAGUGACAGCUCCAGAAGAUGAAGCUGUGGCCACGCAGGCAUCCCCCACCACAACCUCUGAGCCUCCCAUCAAGCCACACCUGGGGGAGAUGACCGUGACAGAUGUCACCCCCGACUCCCUGAGCCUGACCUGGACGGUCCCCGAGGGCCAAUUUGACCACUUCCUGAUCCAAUACAAGAAUGGCGAUGGACAGCCCAAGGCGGUACGGGUGCCAGGGCACGAAGACAGGGUCACCAUCUCAGGCCUGGAGCCAGACCACAAAUACAAGAUGAACCUGUAUGGCUUCCAUGGGGGCCAGCGUAUCGGCCCCAUCUCUGCCAUCGGGGUGACAGCUGCAGAGGAAGAGACCCCUGCCCCCACAGAGGUGGAAGAGACCCCCAGCCCCACAGAACCCAGCACGGAGGCCCCAGAGCCCCCGGAGGAGCCACUUCUGGGGGAGCUGACAGUGACAGGAUCAUCCCCAGACUCACUGAGCCUCUCCUGGACCGUCCCCCAGGGCCAUUUCGACUCCUUCACUGUCCAGUACAAGGACAGGGAUGGACGGCCCCAGGCAGUGCGUGUCGGGGGUGAGGAGAGAGAGGUCACUGUAGAGGGCCUGGAGCCGGGACGCAAGUACAAGAUGCACCUGUACGGGCUGCACGAGGGGCAGCGUGUGGGCCCUGUGUUCACUGUGGGCAUGACAGCUCCAGAAGAUGAAGCUGUGGCCACGCAGGCAUCCCCCACCACAACCUCUGAGCCUCCCAUCAAGCCACACCUGGGGGAGAUGACCGUGACAGAUGUCACCCCCGACUCCCUGAGCCUGACCUGGACGGUCCCCGAGGGCCAAUUUGACCACUUCCUGAUCCAAUACAAGAAUGGCGAUGGACAGCCCAAGGCGGUACGGGUGCCAGGGCACGAAGACAGGGUCACCAUCUCAGGCCUGGAGCCAGACCACAAAUACAAGAUGAACCUGUAUGGCUUCCAUGGGGGCCAGCGUAUCGGCCCCAUCUCUGCCAUCGGGGUGACAGCUGCAGAGGAAGAGACCCCUGCCCCCACAGAGGUGGAAGAGACCCCCAGCCCCACAGAACCCAGCACGGAGGCCCCAGAGCCCCCGGAGGAGCCACUUCUGGGGGAGCUGACAGUGACAGGAUCAUCCCCAGACUCACUGAGCCUCUCCUGGACCGUCCCCCAGGGCCAUUUCGACUCCUUCACUGUCCAGUACAAGGACAGGGAUGGACGGCCCCAGGCAGUGCGUGUCGGGGGUGAGGAGAGAGAGGUCACUGUAGAGGGCCUGGAGCCGGGACGCAAGUACAAGAUGCACCUGUACGGGCUGCACGAGGGGCAGCGUGUGGGCCCUGUGUUCACUGUGGGCAUGACAGCCUCCCUGACCACACAGCCCCCUAGGGAGCCCCGCUUGGGGGAGGUGGCUGUGGCAGCGGUGACCUCGGACACUGUGCGCCUGUCGUGGACGGUGGCCCAGGGCCCCUUCGACUCCUUCUUGGUGCAGUACAGGGAUGCGCAGGGGCAGCCGCAGUCAGUGCCUGUGAACGGAGACCUCCGUGAGGUCACAGUCUCGGGGCUGGACCAGGCCCGCAAGUACAAGUUCCUGCUUUUUGGGCUCCGGCAAGGGAAACGCCAUGGCCCCGCGGCAGUGGAGGCCAAGACUGCCCCAGACACGAAACCCUCUCCCCGCCUGGGGGAACUAACAGUGAUGGACGUGACCCCUGACUCAGUGAGCCUCUCCUGGACAGUUCCUGAGGGUGAAUUAGACUCCUUCGUAGUCCAGUACAAGGACACAGAUGGACAGCCCCAGAUGGUACCAGUGGCUGCAGACCAACGGGAGGUCACCAUCCGUGGCCUGGAACCCAAUAGGAAAUACAAGUUCCUGCUCUAUGGUCUAGCAGGCAGGAAGCGGCUCGGCCCCGCCUCUACUGAGGGCACCACAGCUCCCCUGGAGAAGGAGCCACAGCCCCCUCCCCGCCUGGGGGAACUGACAGUGGCCGAGGAGACCUCAGACUCCCUGCGCUUGUCAUGGACAGUGGCCCAGGGCCCCUUCGACUCCUUUGUGGUCCAAUACAAGGACACUAAUGGGCAGCCCCAGUUGGUGCCUGUGGCCACAGACCAGCGUGAGGUCACCAUAGAGGACUUGGAGCCUGGCAGGAAAUACAAGUUUCUGCUCUAUGGGCUCCUCAGAGGGAAGCGCCUGGGCCCCAUCUCUGUCCUGGGAAUGACAGCCCCAGAAGAGGACACAGCAGCACCAGAGGCCCCCAAACCCUCUGAAGAGCCCCGCCUAGGGGUGCUGGCAGUGACCGACACAGCUCCAGACUCCAUGCGCCUCUCGUGGAGGGUGGUCCAAGGCCCCUUUGAUUCCUUUGUGGUCCAGUAUGAGGAUACAGACGGGCAGCCCCAGGCCUUGCUUGUAGAUGGUGACCGGAGCAAGGUCCUUAUCUCAGGACUGGAGCCCAGCACCCCCUACAAGUUCUUCCUCUAUGGCCUUCGUGAAGGGAAACGCCUGGGGCCUGUCUCAGCUGAGGGCACCACAGGGCCAGCUCCUGCUGGUCAGACCCCAGGGGAGCCAGGACCCCGCCUGUCCCAGUUGUCAGUGACUGAUGUGACCACAAGUUCACUGAGGCUCAACUGGGAGGCCCCACCUGGGGCCUUUGACUCCUUCCUGCUCCGCUUUGGGGUCCCAUCACCCAGCACUCUGGAGCCAUAUCCACGUCCUCUGCUGCAGCGGGAGUUGAUGGUACCAGGGACACGGCGCUCGGCUAUGCUUCGGGACCUGCGUCCAGGCACCCUAUACAGCCUCACACUGUAUGGGCUGCGUGGGCCCCACAAGGCCGACAGCAUCCAGGGCACUGCCCGCACCCUCAGCCCAGUUCUGGAGAGCCCCCGAGAUCUUCAGUUCAGUGAAAUUGGGGAGACCUCAGCCAAGGUCAGCUGGAUGCCUCCACCAUCCAGGGUGGACAGCUUCAAAGUCUCUUACCAGCUAGCAGAUGGAGGGGAGCCACAGAGUGUGCAGGUGGAUGGCCGGGCCCAGAUCCAGAAGCUCCAGGGGCUGAUCCCAGGUGCUCGCUAUGAGGUGACUGUGGUGUCCGUGCGCGGCUUUGAGGAGAGUGAGCCUCUAACAGGCUUCCUCACUACAGUUCCCGACGGCCCCACCCAGCUGCGUGCUCUGAACUUGACUGAGGGGUCUGCCCUGUUGCACUGGAAGCCCCCCCAAAAACCUGUGGACACAUAUGACGUCCGGGUCACAGCCCCUGGAGCCCCAUCUCUGCAGGGCUCAGCCCCAGGCAGUGCCGUGGACUACCCUGUAAACAACCUUGAGCUCCACACCAACUACACGGCAACUGUGCAAGGCCUUCGGGGCCCCAACCUCACCUCCCCUGCCAGCAUAACCUUCACCACAGGGCUAGAGGCCCCCCAGGACUUGAAAGCCAAGGAAGUAACUCCCCGCACGGCCCUGCUCACUUGGACUAGGCCCCAAGUCCCACCCACAGGCUACCUGCUCAGCUUUGACACGCCUGGCGGACAGACCCAGGAGAUCCUGCUUCCUGGAGGGGUCACCUCUCACCAGAUUCUUGGCCUCUUUCCCUCCACCCCAUACAGUGCACGGCUCCGGGCCAUGUGGGGUGAAAGCCUCACACCACCUGUGUCCACCUCCUUCACCACAGGUGGACUGCGGAUCCCCUUCCCCAGGGACUGUGGAGAGGAGAUGCAAAAUGGGGCCACCACCUCAAGGACCACCACCAUCUUCCUCAAUGGCAACCGCGAGCGGCCCCUGAAUGUGUUUUGCGACAUGGAGACUGAUGGGGGUGGUUGGCUGGUAUUCCAGCGCCGCAUGGACGGACAGACGGACUUCUGGAGAGACUGGGAGGACUACGCCCAUGGUUUUGGGAACAUCUCCGGGGAGUUCUGGCUGGGCAAUGAGGCCCUGCACAGCCUGACAAAGGCCGGAGAUUACUCCAUGCGUGUAGACCUGAGGGCUGGGGAUGAGGCCGUGUUUGCCCAGUACGACUCCUUCCGAGUAGACUCCGCUGCGGAGUACUACCGCCUCCACCUGGAGGGCUACCAGGGCACCGCAGGGGACUCUAUGAGCUACCACAGUGGCAGUGUCUUUUCCGCACGUGAUCGAGACCCCAACAACUUGCUUAUCUCCUGUGCUGUUUCCUACCGAGGGGCCUGGUGGUACAGGAACUGCCACUACGCCAACCUCAACGGGCUCUAUGGAAGCACAGUGGACCACCAGGGAGUGAGCUGGUACUCGUGGAAGGGCUUUGAGUUCUCAGUGCCCUUCACGGAAAUGAAGCUGAGACCAAGAAGCUUUCGGUCCCCAGCGGGAGGAGGCUGAGCUGUUGUCCACCUCUCUUGCACCCCAGUAUGACUGCCAAGCACUGAGGGGUCGCCCUGAGAGAAGAGCUAGGGGCUGCCUUCACCACCCAGCAGGAAACCUUCUCUGCCAGCGAUCUCACAGCACCAUGUUUACAGGGGGGAGGGGAAGGGGUUAUAUGGGAGCAAUAAAGGAGAAACUGAGG